UCAUCAGUCGCAGCUUGCUACAUUGAGAUCACAGGGUGAACUGAGGCUUCUCUUGUUGUGCUUCAACUGGACCUGUGUCUUGCCGCUGUUCCGCGGGCGUUCAUCGGCGACAGAGAAGAAUGACCUUGUUUCAUUUUUUCAAUUGUGCAAUUCUUACCUUCGGCCCGCACGCCGUUUAUUAUUCUGCUACUCCCUUAUCUGAGUAUGACACCCUUGGUACUUCUAUCAAAGCAGCUGUUGUUUAUCUCGCGACAGCAUUAGUUAAGCUCGUUUGUCUCGCAACUUUUCUCAAGGUAUCUGAGAGCGAUAGCUUUGAUCCUUAUCAGGAAUGUCUGAAGGCAUUAAUAGGCUUCAUAGAUGUUGCUGGGCUUUAUUUUGCCUUGACCCAGUUGACUCACAGAAACAUCUCUCAAAAUCAUAAAUUUCAAGCAGUUGGCCUAGGAUGGGCGUUUGCGGAUUCUGUACUGCAUAGAUUGGCACCCCUUUGGGUGGGCGCAAGAGGACUAGAGUUUACUUGGGAUUACAUUCUGCAAGGCCUAGAGGCUAAUGCUAACCUGGUUUUGAGCAUAUCUCUUGCGGCACUAGGAUCUUUGAUGUGGCUCCGAAAAAAUAAACCCAAGACUCUGAUUCCUAUAAUAUAUUUGUGUGCAGGGAUUGUGGCUACCAUGCCAUCCAUCACUAGCUAUCUGAGGCGAGGCUUGGGGUGGCAUUUACUGAAGGUCGUAGGGUUUGAACUUUUCACAUCUUUGGUAAUGGCUGUUUUAAGUUGGCAGCUCUUUGCUGCAUGUCAGAGGCCUUCAGCAUGAGAACCUAUCAUGACCAGAAUCAGAGAAAUGCCAUUAAGAUUAUUGUUAAACUGUGCUUAACUUAUUUCUGGCCAGUGUGUUGAUGAGCCAAUCUCUGCACCAGAUGGUAGCUGCCCUGCUGUUUAAAUUUUACCAACUUUAGAUGUAUCAAUUACAAUUUCUUGAUAUAUUUGAUUUUUAUGUUUCUUGCGAGAAGUUAAAUGAAAAUUAGAGUUUUGUGAAUUUGGAGUUGUGCCCUGAGUUGCUUAGGGUUUGAGGCAUCAACCUUGUUGAUCACUACGAAAUUGAUUUUUGGAAGAAUCUUCUUUCAUGUUUCGCAACAA